AAUCCAUCGAAUAGCAUCAGCGCGCGCGCUAUAUAAAAAAAAGCCAUUGUGCAAUCGUCCGAUAAGUUCUCUUUCUCCCGGACCAGUUCCUCUUCAGCCUCAUGCCAUCCAUGUCGACCGUCGAAGCCGUCGCAGAGCAACAGCUCGCUGACAUUGACUUAUCUGGAUACGAUGCUGAGCAGUCGAAGUUAAUGGAGGAGAGGUGUAUCCUAGUAGACGGACAGGAUAAUGCCAUUGGUGCUGCCGAUAAAAAGACCUGCCAUCUGAUGGAAAACAUCAACAAGGGACUGCUCCAUCGCGCAUUCUCCGCAUUUGUAUUCCGCCCCUCCGAUGGCAAACUUCUCCUCCAGCAGCGCGCGUCUGAAAAGAUCACCUUCCCCGACAUGUGGACCAACACCUGCUGCUCUCAUCCGCUGGAUGACUUUGCCGAAGAGAAGAUCGAGGCGAAGCAGCUCGGUGUUCGCAUCGCUGCCUCGAGGAAGCUGGAGCACGAGCUCGGCAUUCCGCGCGAGCAGACUCCCGUCGACAAAUUCCAGUAUCUGACCAAGAUCCAUUACCUCGCGCCCUCAGACGGAAUGUGGGGCGAGCAUGAAGUCGACUAUAUCCUCUUCUUGACUGCCGAUGUCACCGUCACUCCCAAUGCCAACGAGAUCCGAGACCAUAAAUAUGUGGACAAGGCUGAACUUCAAGCCAUGUUCGAUGCAUCUGGUAACUCCUUCACGCCGUGGUUCAAACUUAUUGCCCGUGACUUCCUCUUCGGCUGGUGGGAUGAGCUACUCAACCGGAAACAAGAUGGGCUGGUAGUUGCCACGAGCCUCGAUGGAUUGGUUGACGGAAGUAAGGUCAUCAAGAUGGUGUAAUGCCUUACAUCGCAAUAGGCGCAUAUGUACAAUAAUUUAUUUGUUCUCAUUGGGUGAAGAAUCCCUCAGCCCUUCUCGUCUUUGUCAAUUCAUGUCAUUGACAUAUUACACCUUUGUGCCAUAGAUGGUGUAUGCCUUUGUAGAAUGAUCAUAUAACCGGAAUACAUUGCCUAUUUUUUUCCGUCUU